AUGGAACUCGCUAUUCAUCAAGAUGAUGUUAACAUCUUAUUGCAAGAAAAGAACCAGUUGAAAGAAGCCGAAUUGGAAAAGUACAGAGUUGCUGGUCAAGUGGCUCAAACAUGUUUGCAAUACAUCUUAGAAUUAAUUAAAGAUUCUUACCAUUUAAAUAAGACUCCACAACCAUACACCUGUCAAGAAUUAUGUAUUUUAGGAGACUCAUACUUAAAGACUGCCCUUGAAAACGUCUUCAAAAAUGGAGCUGUUAGAGAAAGAGGGAUCGCCAUGCCAGUUACCAUUGAAUUGAACGAUAUUGUCACAGGCUUUUCACCAGAAUUAGAUGAUUCAUCAAAUUUUGUUUUCCAAGCUGGUGACAUUGUCACAAUUUCCUUGGGUGCUCACAUUGAUGGUUACACUGCUAAUGUUGCGCACACCGUAGUUAUAUACCCAGCAGGUAACGAUAAGCCAGCCGGUCCCUUGUUGGGAGCCAAGGCUGACGCCAUCUGUGCUGCCCACAUUGCUACUGAAACUGUUGUAGCCCUUUUGGGAACAGUGUUGAGCCCAGAAAAAUUACCAAAGUCCUUAAAUACCAAUAAAGUUGUUACUGGGUCCAUAAUUAGAGACUUGGUUGACUCUAUUGCUAAAUCUUACAACUGUGUAGUAGUUCCAGGAUCUAAGAUCAGAAGAGUUAGAAGAUUCUUAGCUGGUCAAGCUGAAGGUAUUGUCGCAGAAAGAGAUUUCAAGGGUGUUGUUUGGUCUGAAGCUAACCAAGAAGAAUCCUUAUUAAAUAGAUCAUCCCACAGUCAGGAAUUAAUAUUGUCUGAUAACAAGUCCAAAAUAGUAAAGAAUUCUAACGGAGCAAUUCCAACUGAUGAAUUUGUUGUCUUGGCAGGUGAAGUUUAUAACGUUGACAUUAAGAUGGCUCCAUUGGGUGAAUUCAAUGAAGUCGGAUUAGUUACUUUGGAAACUAUCGAUGAAUUCACAGGUGCCAACCACAAGAAAGACGCCUUUAAUACAAAGUCCACCAUUUUCAUUAGAGAUAUUAUCAUUAAGCAUGCAUUAAAAUUGAAAACUUCAAGACAGUUACUUGGUAAAGUUGACAAACAAUCAGUCUAUCCAUUUAAGUUGAGUCACAUGUCUGAAAAUUUCCCAUUGAACAUUAAGGAAACUGAUCAAAAGCUGUUACAGACCCAAAUCCUGGCCAUUACCAAGGACGUAAAGGCCAACAGAUUAGGAUUAUCUGAAUUAAACAAUAGACAUUUGCUUAAACAAAAGCCAAUUCAAGCUGCUAGAUUCAUCCCAUUGGAAUCUAUUUUAAUGACAAAUAAUGAAUCCGGAUCCAUGGGUGUCGACUUAGAUAAACCCGUUUUGCCAGGCUUAGAAUUAUCUUUACCAAAGUUGGGAAUUUCAUCAUUGAAAUUGAAAUCUCUCUUGAAGAAAUCCAAGGCUAUACCAGUUGCCAGAGAAUCCACUACUGUUAUUUUGAUUGAGGAUGGUGUCAUUGCUGGGGGUAAGGCUGAAGUCUUGAGAUUAACUGGUGGUAGCAAGAACUUUCAACCAAGUUGGGUUCAUUCCAACCACAGUUUAGGUGGUAGUUAUUUACAAGCCAUUGCUGAAUUGGAUUCUUUAACUAAGGACAAGAAGUUUGGUAUAAAAAUCAGAGAAUGUCAACCAUUCAAGGUCCAAGAAAAGGUAACUAUGCAAUUAGAUUAG